GCAGGUAACACACGGUUCUCUCACACAGAGCUGCAGUCAUGGGAGAAUGGGACUUUGUUGGCAAACACUUUGAAACUCUGGCAAAAGAGUUACCUAUGCUUGGUCGUCUCUGGCUUUUUUUCAUGCUCGUGUUUCGGAUCGUGAUCCUCGGGACCGUUGCCGACGACACAUUUAGUGACGAGCAAGAAGAAUUUACCUGCAACACUCUCCAGCCGGGCUGCAAACAGGUUUGUUUCAACAUGGCCUUCCCAAUCUCCAUGUUCCGGUUCUGGGUGUUUCAGAUCAUUCUCAUCGCUUCUCCGUCCCUGCUUUUCCUGCUGUACGCCACUCAUCACUAUGAGAAAAGAAAGGACCACGAUAAAACAUGCAAAUUCAGCACUGAUAAUUUAAAGAAGGAGAGGCGUUUCAAGAAUCUCUACAAGGUCAACCUGCUUUUCCGUGUUGCUGUAGAAGUGGGCUUCCUGGUGGGUCAAUGGAAGUUAUACGGCUUUGACGUGAAAGAGCAAUUUGAGUGUGAACGCUUCCCCUGCCCAAAGAUUGUGGACUGUUUUACCUCCCGUCCUGCAGAAAAAACAAUCUUCCUCCACUUUUACUUCUCCGUGGGAGUCGUAUCAAUAUUUAUCAGCAUCUUUGAGCUUGGCCACUUCUGCAUCAAGAGGCGUAAUGAAAUUCCAGAACCACAUGCCCGGGACUCCUGCAGUUGUUCGAAGCUCAUCGAUAGUACUCAAGAGGAGCAAGAUAAUUCUCUGAACAAACAGACAGAGGCAGUAAAAAAGACUGAUUCUAUCGUGAAUCGGUCUUUCUGCGAUAUUUGAAGCUCUAACAGACUUCUCAAUUUUUGAUCAAAGUUCAAAGACACGUUAAAAUGCAUUCUGGAGUCAUUUAAAUUGGGAGGAUUGUGAACACCCCCCCCCCCAAAAAAGGAUUCCAAUCAUCAUUGAAAAGUUCAUUUCUUGAAAGACAUGUUGUGCUAUAACUUUGAAUCAUAUUGUGUCUCUUUAAUUGUUUUAUUUUAAAUAUAAUAUUAAAUAAUAUUAAAUAAUAAAUAAUAUUAAUUUGUUCUAUUGCUCUGCUGGGAUUUAUAACAAUUUUCAUUUGAUUUAUAUAUUUUCUUAAAUUUCCGUCAUUUCAGUACUGUUUUUUGUAAAGCUGUUCUGGAUUAA